UUGAGAUCUAAACCAAACCGCGUUGACGCUGUCGCGCCUAUGGGUGAGAGGGAUUCCCCAUAACCAGGUUAUCUAAACAGCUUCAGCAGUGAGUCGAACCAACUCGGAAGGGACUGAAAAAUAGAUUAAAAAGUCGCAAUCUUGCAAAAUAAAUAUUGCAAGUUAUAUAGUAGACCUACACCAUGAACUCUAAAUGGAACUAAUUACCGUGACGCGUUUAGAAUAGCCCAAAUAUUCUGGCAACACUCGAGGUAUUUCUACUGCUACUUUGGUUUACAAGCGUCCUUGCCAAUGCCGAAGGAAAGGCGGAGGUCCUUGAGGGAGGUAGGGCUUUCCAGGUCUGGGAUUUGCGACGGGUCAACCAGGGAGCGCAAGGCAAACUUGAAAGCGACAGAGAUUUGUGAUGAACUGUUACAUAUGGCGGAACAAACUGGCUCAACAAGUGGGCAAGCAGAGUUUUGCGGAGGUGACGGGCUGACAGCGCGGGGGACCUGUCGAGUUCCCCAGGUGACCAUAACCCCCGAAGGCGAUGCAUGUCCGCGGGAGAUGAAACUAGAGGAAUGGGGUGAGGUAAAUGGGACGCUACGACGCAAACUAUCAAACUCGUCUAUCUCAUCGACGGGUUCUUCGACAGUGUUUGAAGAAUCGGAGGAUGACAUUCUAAGUGAUAAUGAGACAAAGAGCAAAGGAAUCGUCACCCUAGAGCAACUGGUGGACUCGGGAGAACAAACUAAGCCAUGGUGGAAGUUGAAGACCAUAGUCCACCUCCCCUUCCUCGUCUCACAACGCAAACGCCUCUCCUGGGUUCAGCUCGCAGGCCAUAAAGGUAGUUUCAAGUCUGGUGGUGAGGGGACCAUCCUGAAGAAGUUCUCGGAGAUCGAGAAGCAGUGUUUUGAGAGACUGCAGGGUGAUGCCCUGGUGGGCUUUGUGCCGGCGUACCACGGGGUGGUGCAAAGCGACGGGGAGCCCUUCUUGCAGAUGACCGACCUGUUGGGCAGCUUCGAGGGCCCUAAUGUCAUGGACUGCAAGAUGGGAGUCAGGACGUAUCUAGAGGGGGAGCUGGACCGGGCGCGGGAGCGACCCAAACUGCGGCGCGAUCUCUACGAGAAGAUGCUGGAGGUGGAUCGGCAGGCGCCCACGGCGGAGGAGCACAACCAGAGGGCCGUCACCAAGCCACGCUACAUGCAGUGGAGGGAGACCCUCAGCUCCACACACACGCUGGGCUUCCGCAUCGAAGGCGUCAAGAAGUCAGAUGGCACCUGCCGGACAGACUUCAAGAGAACGCGCUCAAAGGUGGACGUCACUCAGGUCUUCAGGGAUUUUGUCGGGGGAAACACCAACAUAGUUAAUGCAUAUGUGAGUAAGCUCCGAGAGAUCAAACAAGCCCUGAACACAUCAGAGUUCUUCAAGAAGCAUGAGGUCAUUGGUAGCUCCCUCCUGUUCAUCCACGACCACACGGGCCGCGCCGAAGUGUGGCUCAUCGACUUCGGCAAGACCACUGCCUUGCCAGACGGCCAGAGCCUGCAGCACUGCACGCCGUGGAAGGAGGGGAACCGCGAGGACGGCUACCUGUGGGGCCUCGACAACCUCAUCCACACGCUGGCCUCGCUAGUCCAGGGGUGACCCCUGACCUCUAAGGCUGAACUCUGACAUCAGCCGCAAGGAUGAGGACUCACAGUACGUCACUCUGUCUGUUUUGUUGACACUUGAAGUGUUACAUUGUUGCUGCAGACAUUGUUGAUGCAGUACUUGAAGAAAAACGUAUCAACAAACUAUUGUGUCACGUUAAAAGGGCAUCAAGGCCAUCGAACAAAGCACAAAAGCAGAUGCCCGAGUUCAGUGCCAAAAAUAACAAUAUUCUCAAAAUAUCUCCUGUGAAUAUACCAUGAGUCCUUUAACCAAUUAAUCACAUUCCUCCUGUGAGAAUGGAAGUGUGAUGUAUGUACAGUAAGUCCACGUUACUAGAAAACUGAGUGUGUUUGUGAUGUGUCAUAAAGUGCACAACAAUUGCAUUAGGGAUUGCAACUCUAUCACUCUAACGCCUCACCACCCCAACAAGAUUUUGCAGAUAGCAGUUUCAUACAACUGACUGAUGCCACUUUACACAGCCUGUACAGAGAAAGUAAGGAGAUAUAGUAUGUUUCAAACUUUGUUCUCAUAUCCUCUUAUGUUAAAGUGAUUUUUCCUCUUAUGGCAAAGAAAAGCAGAAUAUUUGGAUCCACUGUGAGUACUAAUAGCUGUUUUUAAAGUACUGUAUUCCAGUACAAACCCAUUAAGCACACUUUUUUCUGAAACUUCUUCAAAGUUCACGACACUAUGCAAAAGUAUUUGCAUUUUGCAUGACAUGUAAAUUUGUGUAUUGUUUAUCCAUGAUACAUCUGUGAAAUAAAAAAGUAAAUAUA